GACGGAGUGCGCAAUGAACAGCAGCAUGGUCGCUACCGAGUAAAGCUUCUCAACGUAUCGCGAUUUAUGGAUGAGGCAGCAUUAGACGCCUUUAUUCGCUCGAGGUUCUCAGGCAGCUACAUUACGUUCCAAGAACCGAAGUACAGACGCCAAAUGUUCCAGACGGGGGCAUGGGAGAUUUACUUCAACUCCCCAGGGUGUCCAUCGUUUUUGGACAAAGUGAAGUUCAUCAACUGGAUAGGAAAGAAGAUUCUUGUGCACCAUGUCGGAACGAACCCAGCACCACCGUGUUAUAAUUGUGGUGUAUCCGGGCAC